CCCCAAACAAGGGGCACAAAAACAAUUCGGGAUACAAAGACUUGUGCACGGGCAGAUUGCUGCUGGUAUCCCUGAAAUUACACCGUGAUCUGCUUACACGUUCGGCCUUUGAUCAUCAUUAUACAUACAGAAUCAAACACGCCUUGGCAGUUACAGACAUGGUUUCGCCUGUCACUGUGGUGAAGUCGGAGGGCCCGAAGCUGGUGCCCUUCUUCAAGGCCACCUGCGUGUACUUUGUCCUAUGGCUGCCCACCUCCAGCCCUUCCUGGUUCAGCGCACUCAUCAAGUGCCUGCCCAUCUUCUGCCUGUGGAUCUUCAUGCUGGCGCACGGCUUCAGCUUCUUAGGUGCCCACUCCAGCGCCCGGAAGAUCCUAGCCGGACUCAUCUUCUCAGCCCUGGGUGAUGCCUUCUUGAUAUGGCAGGAGCAAGGCUACUUUUGCCACGGUCUUCUGAUGUUUGCCGUCACGCACGUCCUCUACUCGUCCGCCUUCGGCAUGAAGCCCCUGAACGUGUCGGCGGGGCUGGUGAUCGGUGCCGUGUCGGGUCUGUCCUACCUCCUGCUCUACCCGUACCUGUCGGGUCCCUUCACCUACCUGGUGGGCGUCUACGUGGCACUAAUCGGCUUCAUGGGCUGGCGCGCCAUCGCCGGCGUGCGGCUGGCCAACGACCUGUGGACCUGGACCAAGCUGUCGGCGUGCCUGGGCGCCGUGCUCUUCAUAGUGUCCGACCUGACCAUCGCCGUCAACAAGUUCUGCUUCCCCGUGCCGCACUCGCGCGCCAUCAUCAUGGCCACCUACUACGCCGCGCAGAUGCUCAUCGCGCUCUCCGCCGUCGAGUGCCAGGACCACGCCGUGGACUUGGCCAGGAAACGAGCGUGAGAUUAUUGUCAUUGUGAUCAGUCUUUUUUUUUCAAUACUUGCCCAUCAAUCUGGCACACUUGCCCUACUUUCUCCUGCCCAUCAAGUGCCAGGAUCACUCCAACGUGGCCAGGAAGCAGGUGUGAGGUAGUUUGCCCCACCUAAAACCUAACCACCCAUCCACUUCCAUUGUACUGUAUUUUUUCAACCUGCCCCACCUCAACUCUGUAACACCAUGUGACAAUGACCUGGCACCCUGCCCUAAGAAACCUGGUGUCAAGUAGUAGGAUGUUGAUGUGGCCAGGAAAUCAAUGUGAAAUUGAUUACCCCCUUCCUUAAACCUAACCAGUCAUACAGUUACAUUAUUAUUUAUUUAAACCUCCCCCACCUCAAUGCUGCCCCCCCCCCCCCAUUUUUAACGCAGUCUGGCACCCUGCCCUAAGGAAGUGACUCCUGGCCAGGAAAACAGUGAGUUUACCCCUUAACCCAACCGCCCAACCAUUUCCAUUAUUAUUUGACCUGCCCUGUCCAACCAUGUCGGCAUAAUCUGGUGGCACCCUUUUGGAAUGUCAAGCCUAAUGGAGAUUGACGUACACAUUUUACCUGAUAUUUUGAGUGUUGCCCCAACCAAGGCCCACCCCGAUGCUUAGAGUACUUUGCCCACUUGGUGUUCCUCUUGUUUAUAUCCGUGCCACUUUAUAGCAGUGUUGGGUAGGAUCCUGCUGGAAGAAUGACAAAAUUGCACUUUCUUUCAGUCUAAAAAAUGGGCCCCAUCCAUAUGCUUGAGUCCCAUGUUUUUAGUGUGGUGUCUCAGUCAGGUCAUGUUUGAGUUUAACCUUAGUGUGUGGUGGGUCCACAGGCUUGGGCCCUGGGGUCUAUACUACAUAGCUGGUUCAGUACAUAGCUGGUGGAAUAAACCAGGUUAAGUUAAGAGGUAAGUCAUGUACUAGAAAAGCCUGGAGUCCUCAUGUUCUUAAAGGUACAUGCUUAAACUUUUCUUGUGAGAUUUUUAGUUGUUUAUUUCCAGAAUCCAUGCUACCCAUUCACUAAUGUUACCUUUUUCAUGAAUACUUACCACCACCAUCAAAUUCAAAGUAUUCAUUAUGACUGGAAAAAUUGUGCAUACAUGAAAUGGGGGAUUUUCUCCAUGGUCCGCCAUUUUGAAUUUACAGAAAUAGCCAUUUUAGCUGCAAAGUUGACUGUACUUGGGCCAUACUAGAAAAUAUAUUUAUUACUUAGUAAACUUUCAUGAAAAGAUCAAAUUUGGCAAUAAGCAACCCAAUUUCAAUGAGCAGCAUAGUUGCAGUAUCUUUUUUGAUCAUCUCCUGCACAGUGUACCUUUAAGAAAAUGAGGACUCCAGGCUCUUCUAUUAGAUGUUUUACCUCUUAACUUAACCUGGUAUACUCCUGAACCAGCUUUGUAGUAUAGGCCCCUGAUAUGUGUCCUUAUGGCUGCCGUUGAAAACAUCACGAUGAGGCCAGAAGCCUAUGGAUAGAAACGUUAGUCCAUACAGUAUACGCACAAUCGCAUGCAACACUCACACACAUACACACACGCCAACACACAUUCACAAAAACACGACACAAACGCACACACACACACUCCCCUUUAGAAGCAGUAGCAAUGCAAUUUAUACAGUAUGCUGGUGGAAGCAUAGUAUACUCAUGUUUGUUAUUUAUGUCUCACCCAUUUCAUUGGCCUCCUUCUGCACAUCCCAACCCCUCAUUCCUUUUCUUCUAUGUUUUUUUUAUGACUUGCCAAGCACUCUACUCAUGAUCUUGUAAUAUGGAGAGGUCAAGAAGACAGAGAGAGAGAGAGAGAGAGAGAGAGAGAGAGAGAGAGAGAGAGAGAGAGAGAGAGAGAGAGAGAGAGAGAGAGAGAGAGAGAGAGAGAGAGAGAGAGAGAGAGGGGGAGAGAGAGAGAGAGAUUGUCUUGGCAUGGGUGAAAGGGAGACUGGAGGGAAUAGUGAUGGUUAGAAGGGUAGAAUAGAUAGAGCAUUUUAUUUUUAGGUCCCUUUGUAUCUUUUAGGUUGCUGUUCUUAUGUGACAUGUUUGUUGCUAAUGGGUGUGUGAUUGUAAGUAUGUUACUUGUGUGGAUAUUUGGAGUGUGAGUGUGUGUGUGUGUGUGUGUGUGUGUGUGUGUGUGAGUAUUGCAGGGAUUUUUAAUUGAUGGAGUUGAAAUUAGAUGAAUGCACCCAGUUUUUUUAAAUGCUGUAAGAAGGCCCCCCUCUUCCUUCGUCUUCGGUUGCCGUCUCUCCUUCGAGUGUUGCGCUGCUCAGCUGCUAUUGCACACACAUCUCCAUUUCAUUACGGCCAAUCUGUCAAUCAUACUCAUACUCAUACUCAUUUCACAGUGUCACUAGGCUACACUGGCUCUGAUGCUGGAGAAUAUUCUAGAUAGGUAAACAUGCUGUCUGUUGUAGAUAGGACCACAGGCUUGUCUGUUUUGUUUCUAACUCUCUAGAAAGUUUUAAAUCUUGGCUGCCUUGUUUGGAACUUUAAUGACAGAACCACUGACCUGCAUCCCUGUGUCUAUUACAAACAGAAACAGUGUUAGAGCAUGGCGGUUUCUUUUCGCUUGGAAGCACACUUUUACUCUGUCCGCCCUCAACCACACACACAGAGUCUGAGCACACGCACACACACACACACACACACACACACACACACACACACACACACACACACACACACACACACACACACACACACACACACACACACACACACACACACACACGCACACACACACACACACACACACACACACAUGGGAAAGAGGAAAAUAUAUUUUUACCAUAUUGCUCACACCCACCAAGUGCAGGCUGGUGUUACAGUUUAGAAACUCAAUGCAAUUUUAAUGGUAUUAGCCACUCCUUCCUUCUUUACCAAAAUGAUAUCAAUGUUUCAAUGCUCUUUGAAUUGUAUUACACAGCAGAAAACUGCCAGUGGCUGUGAUUAGAAAACCAAAAUGUUUCUAAUGGUAUUUGACUGAACGAGGACAAGUCAAAAAAAGUAUUUAUUAUUAUUUUUACUGUGUUCCCCUACAUGUGUGUUUGUAUGUUUGUAUGUAUUUGGCUGGCAGGUCAGCGCCAACUCAGGUGAUUCCUCAGCCUCUCCCGAUGGACGUUUGCGUAGUUACUCUGAACCCUGACAGUAGACAGCUGGGUAAAUGUUCCUUUUUGUUGUGCGUAAUAUGCCUUUAAUAGUUGAACUUACACAUACAGCCUGAGCCAUUAUACAGUAUGAGUUUGCCAUUUUACUCCUAGACACGUACAAAAACACACAGAUGAGAUAUCCAAGUGACUCGACCCAUUGCAAUUAACAGUAGACUGUCAUAGUCAUUUCUUUCUUGCUUCAUGUUUUAUGUAUUCUAAAAUGUGCAUUUAUGGACAUAAUCCUUCAGCUUUCAAAUGUUGCAUUCAGUGCCCAAGGUCGUUUUUACGACUGACUUGUUACCCUAAGCCACGCCAAGGGGAUCACAAGACACACAACAAAAGGAUGGAUGAAUAACAUUGAACUGACACAGGACUGUUUGUGUAUUCGGCUGGAACCAGGCGUCCGAUCUGUCAACAAAACAGGUGUAAAGUGCACACAAACAGUAGCGCUACUCCAAACAGGCCGGUGGCCACGGGGGACGGGAAGAGGAUAUUAUUAGCCUGACUUGUGCACAAACAUGGCACACGAGGAGGGAAACGACUAGCUGCUCUGCUGUAUUGUGUGUCUUUGAGAACUGACCCUUGACUGACUGACUUUUUACUUUCCUGUGUGAACCUGUUCUGUCUCUCUCUCUCUCUGUCUCUCUGUCUGUCUCUCUCUCUCUCUCUCUCUCUCUCUCUCUCUCUCUCUCUCUCUCUCUCUCUCUCUCUCUCUCUCUCUCUCUCUCUCUCUCGACACAAACUUUCCUCACAAAAAAGCUGCUUCACAAUUGUGCCGACUGCACAGUUUCACAGCCCCCUUUGCCACAAUCCUUCUGCUGAGACAUCAGCAGAAAACGGAUUUCUUUUCUUUUUUUCGCUGAGAGGGCUCAGUAGUCUGUCACAUGUCUUGUCUUCUAAACGUGUCUGUCUUCCUGUACAUGUUACGUAUGUCCACAAUGUCCAGAGUCAAAGCCAAGCAAUUCUUCAGGUUUGUGUGCAGCAUCUAGACACAAUAGCAUUUAGACACACACAAUCUCGUCCACUAUAUCCAGCAUUUAGUCAGACACAAUCUCCUCCACAGCAGUCUCAAUGUUAUGCUGUUGCAUUAUGCUCCGUAUUUCUAUGCUGCACAGAUGGAUAUGAUGAGAGUGGAGAAAGUAAUUAUUAGAUGAUUUUUAUGCAAGAUGUUCAAGAAAUAUCACUGAGGUGCAGUGUCCCAUGAGGUCACAGAUGCAGAUGUAUUCGAUUUUUGACUGUCAAGACACAAACUCAAACUGAACUUACCAGUAUUGGAUUUUAACACAGUAUGUACAGGGUGAUUCCUCCUCUUUCAAGUUUGCCUAUGGCACUGAAGUAGGAGAAGCCUGAUCAUCUAUGUCGACAUCCUAAAUAUUUUUAUAAAAUAAAACAGGCUUUCCAGAUGGUAAGAAUCCAGUCUCUCGAAGGACUCCGUGCAAUGCACAAUAAUAAUCCCGUUGAGACAUCUGUUGUUGCAAACUAAUUUCCAAAGACCGAAUGGAAAUCUGCAAUAGCAAGUUAUGGGUCUAAAGAUGGGUCAUGCGGAUGCAUUAAUGCGAUCAUGUAGACUGCUAUCUAUGUGGAUAUUAAAUCGAACAGAUGGAAGCUGUUCAAGGGAUGACUCUUUUUUUUCUUUUCAUAUUUUUUAACCAGUUUAGUAUUCCAGAGACCUAUGUUUUCAUAGCUUUAGAGAGACCACUAAAUAUAUUAUUUGGUGCAAUUUAAGUGUUUUUUUAGUGUUAUUGGUAGCUGAUAACUGCGUAAAGGGCCUCAUGUGGGCGUAGUAGUUUAGGCUUUGAAUUAUUUACAAGUCUAAUGAUCAUGUUUCUUAUCUCUUGUUUGCAGAAAUUAAACCAAAACACAGCCCUUGCCCCCAAAGGCUAGAUUCAAACCCAUUGACAAAAGGGACUCCUUUGGUGUAACCGUUACCGUAGAUGUGAAGGCUUAUGCUAUAGGCCAGAUCCAAACAGGUGCUAUAGUGCAGCACAUCUGUGCCUGUCUAUGGCAUCAGUUGUGCAGUGUGGCAUCAGUUGUGGAAGGGUCUGCAGGACAGAAGGCUGCGGGGAAAGAGGUUUGCUUAUCGGGUCACUGGUCGCAGAUGUCAGAGCACAGCGGAGGGAGUCACUGAGCGGUCUACAGUACCUAGUCACAGCUGUCAACACCCGGGUCGUGUUCUCUUUUGUGUGCACAACAAAGCGACCCCUGAUGGAUUCAAAAAAAGAGUUCACAGCCCUGUAAGCUUUGUGGAAGCCCCUGUCAAUAGCCAGCUGGGUGGAGGAUGGGAGGGAGGUUGGGUGUCUGAAAUACAAAACUCCACCCACAGGUUACUGACAGCUCGCUCACAGACACGUGGAACACUCUUUUCCCUUUCAAAACAAUGUUUUCUCUUUUUAACAUAACUCAAAAUGCUUGUUUGAGUUUUUGAAAGCAAGGUUUUAACAAAGGUCUCAGAUGGAUGAGCUGUGUAUUCCUAUUGUUUAUUCAAAUUUCUUUUUUUAUUUACCUUUUUUUAUUUUGUAGUUACAUUUUCAGACAUGGUGUUCUUGAUAAAUUCACAGUGCUGGGUCAAACCGACAAUAGUUGACUAAAGGAUGUAUUGAAGUGUAAGAAGUUGAGAACUGAACGUUGAUAAUCAUCUUAUCAGUAAGUGAUCUCCAGCUGUGACAUUAUUUCAAUCAAAUGCAAAACCACUUUUCUUGGAUAUUUUCCAUUACAAAAAAUAAUGCUGAAGUUCUUACUUUUUUAAAGAUACACUUGCUUUAAUUUUCUUUUUCUCGAGAAAAAAAUUCUUGUAGAUGUUUUAGGUUACCAGUGAGACUGUUUUGGUGUUACGCCUUAUUGUUAUUGACGUCUGUUCUCUAUUAUCAUGUAGACUUGAAGGACCAUAUUGUUCCUCUCCUGUAGUGAAACUGCUAUGAAUGUGAUUAAUCCAGACGAGAAAUAAAUGCAAGUACAAUGCAAUCUGAUCUGGUUUCUCCUGUGGUUCAUUUACUA